AUGGUGCUCCGAAUAUCACUAUUGAUCUUUCUAAACUUGGGCAAAAUUCUUGCAGAUGCUGACGGAUCGCCGAUCUCGGUGAAGACGCCUAGAGGCACAUUGAAUGGUUUUCGCGCGGAUUACGGUAACGAUCAGAGUCAACUCUACUAUGGACAAGGCGAUGUUUUCCUUGGGAUCCCCUUUGUUGAGCCGCCACUCGGUGACAAGAGGUUUCAGAAGCCGACUCCGAUGUGUGCGUAUCCCCAGGACCCGUGGAAUGCCACAUAUUACAGAGACGUUUGCCCGCAGCUAGCCGGCGGCUCGUGUGCUCUAUCGGAACAAAGCGAGGAUUGUCUCUAUUUAAAUGUCUUCUCACCAAAUGUGAAAUCCGUCUUCAAGUACCCGGUGAUGGUGUGGAUUCACGGGGGUGGCUUCAAAAACGGAUGUGCACAACAAUUUGGCUAUAAGGGUGCAAUCCGAAACCUCGUCUCUCGGGGUGUCGUCGUUGUCACCGUUCAGUACAGAAUCGGAGCCAUUGGCUUUUUCACAACAUUCACUGAUGAUUUUCCGCCAAAUCGUGGACUGCUUGAUCAGCUCGAAGCUAUCCGCUGGGUCAGCGACAACAUUCAAUACUUUGGCGGAAAUCCCUACAAAGUCACCCUUUUCGGAGAGUCGGCUGGCGGAGUGUCCGUUUCUGCGCACACUUACUCACCACUUACACAAGGCCUCUUCCAACAGGCAAUCAUGGAAUCAGGCGUUGUUCUCACCUCAUUCGAAGGCGCUCUCGGCUUCUCGAACUUGAGCCAGCUUCGAGCUGACAAACUCUGCAACUUCACUGAUGACCGCUGGCAGGCAAACGAUUGGACUGGAUUGAAGGAGUGCAUGCUUGGGAAGAAACCUGAAGAUUUCACUGUUCUCGAAGGGACAAACCUUUUGGGUUGGCACAUUUGUCAAGAUGAUUAUUUCUUCCCGGGAAUUCCGAAAGAUCUUGCCUGGAGUCGCCCCAACAUUCCAACAAUUAUCGGCUCGAUGAGAGAUGAGUUCGCUUUCUAUCUUCUCGAAAUAGCAAAAUUGAUUCCAUUGAAGUUUUUUGAUCGCGAAUUCUUUGAGAAUUUAUUCGGUGAUCAAGCGGCUUUCUUGGGCGAUCGACAAAACGAUGUGAUGGGUGUACUGGAAAAGAUCUACGCCCCACCAGGACUCACUGAGACGGACAACGCGGCGUGGUUCAAGAUGUCCAGUGAUAUUUUCACUGCCGCCGGUUUUACCGGUUUUAUCGUUCGCGAGUUGGAUAAUUGGCUUGUCAAUGGGAAUAAAGAGGUCUACCUAUUUGAGCAAACCUACGCGUCAAAAAUUGGCCGCGAUUGGAAUGACACAACCGUUGAUCAACUCACUUACAAACCUGUUCCUCACACGGCCGAAUUGGGUUUCAUCUGGGUGCAAGAAACCCUCUGGAAACCGGCUAUUGCUGCAAAUAUGGUCACUGCCUUUGAUUACAAACUCGCCGAUUGGUAUGGAGAGAAGUGGACGAAUUUCGCGAGAUUUGCAAAGCCCACAUUGACGGAUGAGUGGAAACCGGUGCAACAAAGGGGAGUGAAUAACUAUUACAUUUUGGAUGACCCAACGAUGGGCGGACUGAAAAUGGCGGACAGUGUCUAUCGAUAUACGGAUGAUAUCGCGUGGACAAGGGUUGUCCCAGCACUCGCCGGUGACUAUCCACCUGAUAAACCCGACUACAACAAUGGCACAAAUCCAUUGCCGAGUCGAGGCCCGAUGAUGAGAAUAGAAAGAUUUGUUGUGUGUCCAAAUGACAAUGUAAGAAGUGUGAGUGGGCAAUGUGAGAAUCCGAUGGAAGAGACGACAACGACGACAACGACGACAACGACGACAACGACAACAACGACAACGACAACAACGACCACAACGACAACGACAACGACAACAACCACAACAACCACAACAACGGCUAGAGCGACGACGAAAGCCAGCGAAACGAAAAGUAGAAAAAUCGUGAAGAAAGGAAGAAGAGAGCUGGUGAGCAAGACCUUGGAUGAGGACUAUCCCGGGUUGGAUUAUCUCGGAUUUCACAACGUUCUCGUGAAAAUCGAUAUCCAAUCCAUUGAGAAUUUGAACGAAACAAUUAAUAAUUAUCAAGCGAUUCGCGGGACUUUCAGUGUCAACAAGUUUUUCGAUUUUUUUUUCGAUCAUUUUGGGCUUCAAUGUGAGGAGUUGUUUCACUCGUGUUUCCUCAGAUCUCAUCCGAUCAAUUGUUGUCAACUUUUCACGCCAACUUACGCGAUUCGGCGUGGACGAUGUUUUCGACUAAAAGAACCACUGCAACAGACAACUUUCGAUGAGCAAGGAAAAGUGACAAUCCGCCUCAAUCAGUACACGGAUUUUCUCAAUUCAACGCAACGAGAAUUAAUCGCCUACAUUGGUGAUGAGAAACCGGAAAUCGCACCGUUUCCCCGCUUUUAUUUGUAUCAAAACACAUUCAUGAGGCUACAGAUCAAAGCCACUCACAUGAAUCUCGUUGAAGAAAAAUCGGUUUGCACCGAGAAAUACAGCUCUAUGGGGAAAUCGACAUGUUAUCUCAAUUCAUGGCUGAAGAAUUACCUUGAAGAUAUUCACAAUUGCACAUAUCCGUAUAUGGAUCGUUUAAGAGAGACCGGCUUGGAGAGCUGCGAUCCUUCGAUUGUUGCCAAUAACUACAAUGAGACUGUGCAGAAUAUUCACUAUCAUAAGCACAAGUGCAUUCUCGCGUGUAAUCGUUGGGAGUACAGCGCCUCAAUGGAACGAGUGAUCAUGCCAAACCCGAUUGCUUCAUUCCGAGUGGAUAUCUUCUACAACGAUCUCCAAUACGAGGAGUUUACCGGCUUCUACACAAUCACCUUUUUCGGUCUUCUUGCACAAAUUGGAGGCCAGCUCUCUCUCUUUCUCGGCUCAUCGAUUUUAUCUCUAGUCCAGCUAGGAGUUUUAUUCUUUGUUGUCGGGAAUCGAGUCUUCAAGCACAACACUGUAUCCGUUAAUGAUGCCACUUUUGAGAUGAGUGCACAAAAUCAGGCUGUUUCU